AUGGCGGGCCUCGAGCAGAUCGAGGUCCAUUCCAGGAACUACCUGGUGCGCUGGGUCAACGUCAAACAAGAGCAUACGAUCUCCUGGACCCUUCAGCCUCACAAGAAAUCCAUCAACCUCGGCCUGUUCAAGCAUCCCGGACCGCUCUCCAACCUGCACUCCUCGUCCUCGACUUCUCUUGCGCCUCCUUCUCCCGUCAAUGCGCCAGUCGACGAAGAUAAAGACAAAUCAGAGACUCAGUCCACGGCCAUCGAGAAGCUGACGAGCAUUGGUCUGAAGGUGGUUCGGUGGAUAGGCAAAUGCGAAGCCGACAAAGUCACACAAGGAAAACACGAUGUGCGCUUCGGGGAGGGAGGAAACUAUGCAUUGGUUUUCGACAAUACCUUCUCCAAGAACAUCUCGAAGACGGCGACGAUCUUCCUCCUCACCUAUCCUACCGCGUGCCAACCGCAGAUUCAGUUUGGCGCGCAACUGUACCACCCACAGUCAAUGGCCUCGGCAAUGGCCAUAGCCAACACUUCAUCCCAGCUGUUCAAGAGAAGUCCGAAGCUCAAGGCAAGGGAUAAAGAAUCCGUCGACUCACUGAGACAAAUCUCCAUUAGCCAGUCUGUUGGGGGCAGUAUUGAUCCCGUUGCCGAAGAGACGAAACUUGCGGAGGACACUACUUCAAUCCAUACUGGUGUGUUGCAAAAGCUGAGGCGCAAAAAGCACCAAGGGUAUGCGCGGAGGUUUUUCUGCCUGGACUAUACCUCCUCAACUCUGUCGUACUAUCGCGACCGCAACUCCUCGGCACUAAGAGGUGCCAUUCCACUCUCUUUAGCUGCCAUUGCCGCCAACAGCAAAACCCGGGAGAUCUCCAUCGAUUCUGGGGCCGAACUCUGGCAUCUGAAGGCCAACAACGAUGCAGAUUUUGAAUCAUGGAAGCAUGCUUUGGAGACUGCGACCCGGCUCAUGUUAGAGGCGAAGACGCCGUCCGACAACCUGCACCUUGACACCGGUGACCCCAUCGACGGCGAAAAGUCCGCCUUCGAAGAGCAGGAAUGGGCGAGGCUGGAGACUCUGCUCAGCAGGAUUUCAGGUACACGAGACGCCGUGCGCCGACUGUGUCUAGAUACGUUGGCGCAGCCGGCGCCACUGCCUUCCCCGAAGCUCGGAGCAGCUUCUGCCAGCACCACGCCCACCGAGGGACUCAACGGAGACGAUUACUUCAAGCAGGACGAGAGACGACCUUUUUGGAAACGCAAGGUCAGUAUGACUAACAGUCAAGCCAACAUCUUCAAGCGCAGUGUUUCUGCCCAGCUCGCGGUGCCGCUGCCGGGUGUCGAGCCAAUCUUGCGCAAUGGGACGCCGCCUCCUCUUUCAGCACCUUCUACGUCACGGCCCGUGAUUCACCACGAAGAAAGCAUGUAUGACCAUUGCCGAGCGUUGCUGCACGAUCUUGACUCGGUCGUCAGCGAGUUUUCGCUCUUAAUCAACGAAAGCAAGGUUCGGCGUACGACCCCUCCCAAGUCUGCGGUGUCACGGCUGAGCCUCCAGACGGUCGACUCGCAGGAGUAUUUUGACGCAGAAGACCACCGGCAUGUGCUUGACAUCCACAGCGAUACCGACCAUGAAGCUGAAACGGCCGAGGAAGACAAUGGUUCAGCCACCAGCAGCGACGUUGGGGAAGACUCGAUUCGCGGGAUGAGGCGCCGAUCAGGGAGCGUGUCUUCAUAUCUUCCUCCUCGAGCGAAAUCAUUGGCCCCACUGCCGCUAGAUCCCGUUCGCCGACGGGACACGAUAGCCGCGCCGACGGUCAUGCCGCCGAGCCUUAUAGGAUUUCUUCGGAAGAACGUGGGCAAAGACCUCUCGACGAUCUCGAUGCCCGUGUCGGCCAACGAGCCCUUGUCGCUCCUCCAGCGUGCCGCGGAGCAAUUCGAAUACUCGCAGCUGCUGGAUAACGCGGUCAAAUCCAACGACACCUUCGAGCGGCUGAUGUAUGUGGCGGCAUUUGCCAUCUCGUCACUAUCGAACACGCGAGUUAAGGAACGAUCGAUCCGCAAACCAUUCAAUCCCAUGCUUGGGGAAACGUAUGAGCUGGUACGCGAGGAUCGGGGUUUCCGCUUCAUCUCGGAGAAGGUGUCGCAUCGUCCCGUGCAGCUAGCAUUACACGCCGAGUCUGAGCAUUGGACAUUCACACAAUCCCCUCUGCCGUCGCAAAAGUUCUGGGGCAAGUCGUCUGAGAUCAUCAACGAAGGCAAGGCACGACUGGUCCUGCACAGUACGGGAGAAGCAUUCAGUUGGUCGGCGGCUACGUGCUUCCUGCGCAACAUCAUCGCGGGGGAGAAAUACGUGGAACCUACGGGGACCAUGACUAUCUACAACGAGUCGGCGGGUCACAAGGCGGUCGUCUCGUUCAAGGCCAAGGGCAUGUUCUCGGGUCGCAGCGAAGAAGUCGAAGUGCAAACCAUCGACGCCCAGGGCCAAGAACUGUCGAUCGGCCUAAGCGGGACGUGGACCAAUUCCUUACAAUUGAAAGAGCCGGGCAAACUGGGCCAGCGGCCCACCAUCUGGUCAGUCGGUCCGUUGGUGGAGAAUGCGCCCAAGCAUUAUGGCAUGACCCUCUUUGCGGCGCAGCUGAAUGAAAUGACCACCGUGGAGCGGGGGAAGGUGGCGCCGACGGACAGCCGUCUCCGGCCGGACCAAAUGGCACUGGAGAACGGAGACCACGACACGGCAGAACACUUGAAGAAUCAGCUGGAGGAAGCACAACGGGCACGACGAAGGGAAAUGGAAGAGAGGGGCGAGGAGUGGAAGCCACGAUGGUUCUCUAGGGUAGAACUCGGCGACGAGGUGGUGUGGAGGCUGAGGACGGGCAAAGAAGGAUACUGGGAAGAGCGAGGCCGUGGAGAGUGGACGGGGGUGGUGCCGGUGCUACAGGUAUAG